AUGUCCGAUCAUGUCAUCGCCCUCGACCAAGGGACCACCUCGACCCGCGCCAUCCUCUUCACCGGGACAGGAGACAUUGUGAGCUCUUACCAGCUCGGUCAUGUCACCCACACCCCCCAUCCCGGCUGGGAGGAGCACGAUCCUAUGCUCCUUCUGUCCAACUCUAAGCAAUGCAUCGACAUGUGCGUCAGCGAAGCCGGCGAAAGAGGCGUGCUCCUUUCUCAGAUCGUCGCCAUUGGCGUCACUAACCAGCGCGAAACGACCGUGGUUUGGGAUCGUCGAACGGGGCAGCCAUUCUGCAACGCCAUCUUGUGGAAAGACGCCCGCACAAGCACCACCGUUGAGGAGAUCGCCUCGGAGAUAACCACCCGCCAGGUUAUUGACACCACAGGUCUCCGCCCGUCUACCUACUUCUCUGGUGUCAAGAUGCGCUGGAUGAUCGCAAAUGUCCCCGGCGUCAAGGAGGCCGUCGCCGACGGCACUGCCAUGUUCGGUACCAUUGAUACUUGGCUGGUGUGGAACCUCUCGGUGGAAGCCGCUUAUGUCACCGACGUCACCAACGCCGGCAGAACCAUGCUCAUGGACAUCCGCGACCGCAAGUGGGAUAAGACCAUGAUGGACUUGAUUGGCGUCAGUCCCGCAGUGCUUCCAGACAUUCGCUCAUGCUCCGAACUCUUUGGCACUAUGAGAGACACCGUACUCAAGGGCGUCCGUAUCGCCGGCAUCAUCGGCGAUCAACAAGCCGCUCUUGUUGGUCAAGCCUGUUUUAAUGUCGGCGAGCUAAAGAACACCUAUGGUACAGGGUGCUUUUUAAUCGUCAAUACUGGUGAGGAGCCGAAGUUCAGCAACCACAGGCUCCUCACUACUCCUGCCUAUCAGAUGGGCCCGAACGCGAAAUGCAUUUAUUCCCUCGAGGGUAGUGUUGCCGUUGCUGGUGCCGUCAUUGAGUGGAUGAAGGAUAAGUUGGAUUUUAUCAACCACGCCAGCGAAAUUGAGGCCCUCGCCAGCAGUGUACCGGACACAGGUGACGUGUAUUGCGUGCCGGCGUUUUCGGGCUUGUUCGCUCCAAGAUGGAGAGAUGACGCACGCGGCGUGUUUACAGGUAUCACCUUGUCAACGACGAAAGCUCAUAUGGCCCGUGCCAUGCUCGCGGGCAUCACACAUCAGGUAAAUGACGUUGUCAGGGCGGCUUCGGAAGACAUGGGUGCAGACAUUACAGAAUUGAGGGUGGACGGGGGUGCCUCGGUUUGCAAUUUGUUGCUGGAGAUGCAAGCUAAUAUCACCGGCACUUCCACGACGGCUUUAGGUGCCGCUUUUGCUGCAGGUCAUGCUGUCGGCCUCUUCCAAUCGGAAGAAGAAUUCGCACAUCACUGGGCCGCAGACAGGACAUUUACACCCCAAAUCACAGAGGAACAACGUAACACUGAAUUGUGUAAGUGGGAAGCCGCAGUUGAGCGGUCGCUCGGAUGGACAAAAGUUGGGAACCAAAUCUCGAGGCCGUGGUGGAAGCCACCGAUGAACUUUGUAGUCCCUGUGAUUUCGGCUGUCAGUGCAUCGGUCGUGACAGCUCUGAUCAUUUCACAUAAGCAAAAGUAAUGCGUUCUCUGCGUAGACCUUGUCACUCAUGUUUAUAAAUUUAACUAUGCCGCUUCUCUGCUCA